UCGGUAGAGCGGUUCCUGCUGUAGAUGUAGAGCGGGCAGAGCUCCAUGGGGCUCCGGGAGCGGGGCUCCUCGUGUCCCCGCUGCAGGCGCUGUCCCCCCCCCGGGACUCGGUGAUGGAGCCUCCCUGUGAGUAUUCCCUCUGCUUCCCCGCCGCCCCGGUGCGCGACCUGUCGGACGCGGCGCGGCUCGCCUCCCUCCCCCGGAGGAGGCGCGUGUUCCUGGGGGAGAGCGUGCAGGUGCUGCUGGUGCUGCGGUCCCGGAGCCCGGGCGGCCCCGGCGCUCCCCCUCCUCCCUGGACCGGCCCGGCGGGCUCUCUGUCCGCUCUGGCCAGCGUGUGCCCCGCCCAGGACCCGGACCAGGACCGGGACCCGGACCCGGACCCGGACCCGGACCGGGACAGUGAAGACUCCGGGGAGCCGGCCCACGGAGAGCCGAGGUUCAGAGCCUGCAGCCCGCUGCUCUGCCAGCACUGCCCGGCCGGGGGGGAGCCGCUGCGGCCCGGGGAGUCCGUCCUGCUUCUGGACAACCAGGUCAUCUUCUGUCUCACCGUGUCUCUGGACAAGCUGCCAGUCAACACCCGCAGAGCCAAGGUGGUGGUCACGGUGUGGAGGCAGGAGGAGGACAGGGGGCAGCUGAUGGAGCAGAGCUACCUCACACUGCUGCAGCUCCGGAGUCCGACACACACCUUCCACCAGGACCGCAGCAGCUUCAAGACUCAGGUCAGCACCACCCUGGAUGUCCUCCCUCCACCCAGCGUCCAGUGUCAGCAGAUCAGCGUCUCUGGAAAACACCUGACUGUCCUCAAAGUGUUGAACUGCAGCUCUCAGGAGGAGAUGUUCAUCCGGGAUGUGAAGAUCCUUCCAAACUACAACUCCUCCUACCUUCCCAUGAUGCCCGACGGCUCGGUGCUCAUCGUGGACAAUGUGUGCCACCAGUCAGCUGAAGUCACCACGGCUUCGUUCUGCCGGCUGGACACCCAGUGCUCCUGUUUACCCAGCAUGCUCAGCGCCCUGGAAGAGCAGAACUUCCUGUUUCAGCUGCAGCUCGAGGACAAAGUGGACGAGGACUCCAGUGAGGGCCUGGAGGUGAAGCUGCUGGCCGUGCUGCAGUGGUCCGCUCCCACAAUGCCUCUCACCAGAUACAUUUCUACGUGUUACUCGCUGCCCAGCGUCUGCUUGGCUCGGCCCCGGCUGGUGAUGACGGCCUCCUGUCCCCGGACCGUCAGGCCUCUGCAGACCUUCUGGGUCAAGUACACUGUGAUGAACAACCUGCAGGACUUCCUGGCUGUUCGCCUCGUCUGGAACUCUGAAGGAGGUCUGGGCGACCCCGGUGGACCCGCCGUGGUGUGCAGGUCCCCCCUCAGUAACCUGGGCCGCUGCAGGAAGGGUUCCACCCUCUCAGUCUGCGUCACCUUCCAGAUCCUCCGACAAGGACUGUACGAGCUGAGCCGGCACAUGAAGAUGAAGCUGCAGUUCACCGCCUGUGUGUCCAGUGCCGCCAUGCUUCCCCGGUCCUCCCGGUCCUCCCGGUCCUCGCCGUCCCCCCUGUCCCCCCCUGCCGUCACAGAGCUGCUGGAGCCAUCUCACAGCUCCUUCCAGCAGCUGACGUCCGACUCGCACCACUUCAGGUCUGGCAGUGUGAUGGAGGACGGAGAGUGUGUCCCGGGUCCUGAGCAGACGGGGAUUCCCCUGGGGAAGAUCGCUAAGAGAGAGUGUAAAGUGCUGGUGCUGGACGGCGCCGGGGAGACGCUCAGCAGGUGACCUGCAGUGGAGACGCUCCUCUUCCUCUUCCUCUUCCUCAUGUUCUGCUGGGAGGAGACCUGAUGGGAUGAAGAGGAGAAGCUCGUGGAGUCUUUCUCUUGUUUCUACAUUUCCUUUCACUGUUCAUCACACACACACUCACAUUCCUCCUCGUGUUUUCUGACUGAGCUGUGAACUUGAAUGUGCUGUCACUCCUGCUGUUGUUCCACUCCUGUCCACCAGGGGUCACUGUCUCAUUAGCCAUCCGCCCGGGUGAUCAGUUGACAUGUUUUGACUUGAAGCUCUUUGUGUUGGGCUCCAGAGAGGAGGACCUGGUAACUGGUUGGUUCGGUUAGCACUGCAGGGUCCUCAUAGGAACAUUUCAUUUCCGUUUCUCGUUUAUUCCUCCUAAAGUCAUGAAGGCACUGAAGCGUUGACAAGGUAUUUAUGUUCUUUAUUGUGAAGUCAUGUGACACCUUCUCUCUUUAAACACAUCCAGACCAUUUCAAGAGAAAUAAACUGGGUUGUAACCAGAACUGAAUGUUGGAGACUCGGCUUCAAUAAACAAUCGACUAAC